AUGCAUUUUUGGAUAGACAAACGUUCUCCACAAUGUGGUUUUGGACGAUCACGUGUGGCUGCCUCAUUGUCGGGAGCUGGCGGUGGCGCCGGGGUAAGUUUUGGUCAUCCGCCGCGGAGAACAAAUAAAUCCACAGCGGCGGUACAUCGUCAGCAGCAGCAGCAACAACAGCAUCAUCAGCAGGCGGCCCAAUAUCAUCAACAUGCCGGUGGAGGAGGAGGUGGCACAGUUAAUGCUGCAAAUUCUCCACAUUAUGCCGGUGCCAGUGGUAGUGGCGGCAGCACUUCUCAUCAGCAUUCCCAAAACAAUAAUAACAAUAGCCAUAAUCCCGCUGGCGGAUUAACUGUACCAACCCAUAUGUCUUCUUCGUCGUCGAAUAAUCGCAAUCAUGCUUCCCGAACUAGCGCCAAUGCUCAUCACUAUUACAACAAUAAUCGAGGACAUGGACAGUCAGGACAUCAUGGCAGCAGCAGCAUUACUACAACUAACACAACAGGGGUCAGCACACCAACAACGGCAAUUAGUGGGGCAGCAGUGGGAACCGCAGGUUCCACAGUCACAGCCACAUCAUCAUCACCAGCAAUAAUUAAUUCUAGCAAUAAUAACCAUGUCAACAGCAGCAGCAGCACCACCACAAAUGUCACCAACAUUGUCACUUCGCCCACGGGUAAUAAUUCCAAUUGCACCACCUCUUCAACGGCAGCCUAUGUUACAUAUAGUCCAUCGGCUGUAGGUCACAUCAGUAGUCAGCAUCAUUUGCAACAACAACAACAACAGCAGCAUCAGCAACAAAAUCCCUAUCAACAGCAACGUUAUCGUCAUCCACAGUUUGGUAAUAUGUCGGUAAGGACAUAUCCCGCAGCGGGAACGGGCCAUCAACAGCUAUCCCAGCUACAACAACAAUCAACUGCUGCUAAUACCAAUGUUGUUCUUCAGCACCACCAUCAUCAUCAGCAGCAGCCACCAUUAACUGUGGAUUCUGGAUUGAAUCCAAUACCGGAAGCAUCAUCAGUUCAGCAUCAAAGUCCGAUUCAAACUGCCAAUAUAACCGCUGAACUGUAUCAAUCAUCACCGCGAGUUGUAACGGUAUUUCCACGACCAGUUUAUGCCGGCAAUACCAAUAAUCCGAACAGCAGCAGCAGCGGUAACAACAACACCACCACCAGCAACACUGCAAAUCCACGACGCCGCAAUGUCACACGAUCCAUUGAAAGUGUCGGCUUGCAGUUUCUUCCGUUACACCUGAAAUGUGGCAUUUUUGCUUCUCUGGUCCUGGCAAUAGCCUUUAUUGUCGGCAUUAAAGUCUACUUCAAUAAUCAUGGCACGAAGUUUGAAGUUGGCCUCUUUUGGUUACUGACCGCCACCUUUGUUUUCGCUUUCUGUUUUGUAUCGAUUUGUAAAGUGCCGAGUAUAUUGUUCGCCGCCUCAUCGGCUUCAUCACGUUCGGGAUCGCGGGAUCAAACGGCAGCGGUACGUGAUCGUUGUAGUAUGGAUGAUGCAGCACGUGGUUCUGUGGUCAAUUCCAUAGAUGAUGUGGUGCUCAGUAGUCUACAGGAAUUUCAGCAGCAGGAAAUUUUGGAACAACAAAUGUCACAAGCUGUACAGGCCCAGCAACAGGCAGCGGGACCACCACCAUAUCACAUAGCCAUUUUGCUGCCUGCGGAAUCAAAGGCGAAAGAAGAUAUUGAACAGAUUGAAGAAUCACCACCACCGUCCUAUGAUAAGAUCUUGAUAUAA